UCUUAUCUUGACAAGAGAACUUGACAUUGAAAAGCAAAAUAAAUAGCAUUGAAAAUUAGAACUUACUGUCCUGUUUUUAAUUAUUAUUUGUUUAUAUAACAUACGUUCUUCUUCAAAAUGCCACAUUUCAGAAUCGAAACCAAUGUGCCUAAAAGUAAAGUCCCGCAGGAUUUCGUUUUGAAAGCUGUACCGGUGUUAGCCAAAGCACUCGGGAAACCGGAACAGUACUGUGUAGUAUCAGUAAUACCAGAUGUGCAAAUGAGUUUUGGAGGGAGCACAGAUCCUUGUGCAAUUGCAAAUCUGAUGUCUAUUGGAGCUCUUGGGGUGGAGCAGAAUAAAAAACAUGCUAAAGUAUUGUUUGAGCUAGUUGAGAAAGAGCUGGGGAUCCCACCUGAAAGAAUGUACAUAACAUUCCAGGAUGAACCCACAGGCAAUGUUGGAUUUAAAGGAACAACUUUCCAUGCUAUCUUUGGAUAAAUUUCAAGAGGUUUUUCAUAUUCUAUACAUAUAUUUCUUUAUAUAUAUGUCUCAAUGAUUUA